AUGAAUAAAAAAGGAAAUACGCCAGACAUAGUUGCUCGGAAGCUAACCGAAGACUACAUACAAGAACACCACUAUGCUUCACUACAAAUAUUCACGGACGCAUCAAUUGACAGAAAUGCUGGAACCAGUGCAGCAGCAUUCUGCAUUCCAGCUCUGAACGUAGAUUGGACAGAAGCCAUCCAUGGGACGACGUCGACUAGAGAUGCUGAGAUGACUGCUAUCCUGGCUCCACUAAUGAAAACAAAAGAAAUGAAUCGACAACAUGACCCCGUGGUAAUUCUAUCAGACUCAAAAGCCGCCCUUGAAACAAUAUCCAACAACUACGAAGACCACCCUGUUGCAAUGCAAAUUCUCGAAACCAUAAAAGAACUAGAGAUCAGGGGCAAUAUAAUCGCCUUGCAAUGGGUGCCAUCGCACAAGGGCCUACCUGGAAAUGAAAGAGCCGACACACUAGCCAAGGAGGCUGCAAGGCUUCCUUCUACACUCCCCGCUAUUCCAAGUAAUGCUCAAGCACAAACUGCUAUAAAUGAACAUGUAUGGUGCUUUCACCCCGAUGCCAGGACAGCGAUGCAAACAGCUCCCCCCCUCUACGUCACAGGGGGUUUCACAAGGGAAGAAACUUCGCUUCUAAUGAGAUUGCGAACUCGAAGCGCCAAGACUAAGGACGUCCUCUGCAUCACACGACGAAGUAAAGAUCCGCUGUGCAACACCUGUGAUGUCGAAGAAAAUAUAGAACAUAUCUUGCUUCACUGCAGAACAUACGAACAGCAAAGGGAACGCCUAAUGGAAAGAAUGAGGAACCUAGGUCACCCAGACCCCUUUCUGGAGUCACUCAUUUACCCUACUGGACCAAUGUCAACGCGGCGGGCAACAGAAAUCAUAGUCCUAGAUUUCAUGAAGGAGAGUAACCUCCUAGGGAUUCUCUGA